AUGGAUCCUGGAAAUGAUUCUAGAACAUACACGUACAGAAAAGUGAUGAAGCCGAUGCUCGAACGAAAACGUCGUGCACGUAUUAACAGAUGUCUUGAGGAAUUGAAGGAACUUAUGAGUGAAGAAGGCGAUGUGAGCAAGCUCGAAAAGGCCGACGUCCUGGAAAUGACGGUACGCCAUUUACACACAUUACAGCAGCGCGGUGAAAUUGCGCUCCCUCCAGGUGCAUUGUCUGCCGUGUCCGAGCACGAGCGACGCUCCUGGCGUACAUACUUGGACGGCUACGGCACCUGUGCGGCAGCAGCUUGCUGCUACUUGCGCGGAGUAGAUGAAGGUGCCACUCGCAAUUUACAUGAUCAUCUACAAGUCGCUGCUCAAAGACGCAGUAUGCAAGUUGCUCCUUAUGCUCAAGAUCGCAAUAUGGCAUAUCCACAUUCGCCGCCUACACCGGUAGAGCAAUAUCCUGCUCCGACAUCACCAAUGUCCGCAAUGGAAAUUGCUUACGCGCAAUAUGUCGCACAAUCGCAACAACAAGGCGCUAAUUUGGCACCGCAAGUUGAUCGCAGGCAAACCAUGGAGCGUCUUCGCAACAGAAUUCUGCAGAGAAGGAAGGGUCGCAAUGGAUCCGAUAAUCCGACUAAAUCUAUGUGGAGACCAUGGUGA